AUGGCUGAAUUAGUGAUGGUGGUGGUCCCAGGUCCAGGUACAUCAGACAGAGGAAACACUUCUGGGGAUGUGAGUUCUAUAUCCAUUUACAGUCCCAAGGAGAACCCAAAUGCGUUUGACACUGCAGCAUUCUUCCAGUCCGUGGGGAAUUUCCUUGGAAUCUUCGCUGGCUCAUUUGCAAUGGGGUCUGCAUAUGCUGUUGUCACAGCACUGUUGACCAAAUUUACCAAGCUGUGUGAGUUCCCAAUGCUGGAAACAGGCCUGUUUUUCCUCCUUUCUUGGAGUGCCUUCCUGUCUGCUGAGGCCGCCGGCCUAACAGGAAUAGUCGCUGUUCUCUUCUGUGGAGUCACACAAGCACAUUAUACCUACAACAAUCUGUCAUCAGAUUCCAAAAUGAGGACUAAACAGUUGUUUGAAUUUGUGAACUUCUUGGCUGAAAAUGUCAUCUUCUGUUACAUGGGCCUGGCGCUGUUCACCUUCCAGAAUCAUAGUUUUAAUGCUCUUUUUAUACUCGGAGCCUUUCUAGGGAUUUUUGUUGCCCGAGCCUGCAACAUUUACCCUCUCUCCUUCUUCUUGAAUCUGGGCCGGAAGCAGAAAAUCCCCUGGAACUUUCAGCAUAUGAUGAUGUUUUCAGGCCUGCGAGGAGCUAUUGCAUUUGCCUUGGCGAUCCGGAACACAGAGUCCCAACCCAAGCAAGUGGUGUUCACCACCACGCUGCUCCUAGUCUUCUUCACCGUCUGGGUGUUCGGCGGAGGAACGACCCCCAUGCUGACUUGGCUUCAGAUCAGAGUUGGUGUGGACCUAGAAGAAAAUCUGAAGGAGGAGCCCUCCUCACACCAGGAAGCAAACAAAGCGGAUAAGAACGUGACAAAAACAGAGAGUGCUCGGCUCUUCAGGAUGUGGUAUGGUUUUGACCACAAAUAUCUGAAACCAAUUUUAACCCACUCCGGCCCUCCGCUGACCACCACGCUACCUGAAUGGUGCGGUCCAGUUUCCAGGCUGCUCACCAGCGCCCAGGCCUUUGGGGACCAGCUGAAAGGGGACGAUGUGGAGUGCAUUGUAACCCAGGACGAGCUAGCCAUGAAUUACCAGGAGCAAGCCUCCUCACCUUGCAGUCCUCCUGCCAGGCUAGGUCUGGAGCAGAAAGCUUCACCCCAGACUCCAAGCAAGGAAAACAUUUAUGAGGGAGACCUCGGCCUAGGAGGCUAUGAACUCAAGCUUGAGCAGACUCCAGGUCAAUCCCAGAUGAAUUAAUUGGCAUGAGUGCAGAUGUCAUGACCGUAAUACAAGGAUGCAGGGUAAGGGAGACACUGGAAAACGUACUAAGCAUAGAUUGGAGAGAAGCAAGACUGUCACGUGUAUCCUCUGGUACCUGCAGAAAUGAAAACUUAUUGUCAUCUCUGUAUUACAACUGAAUUGAAUU